AUGACUCAUUAUUUAUAAUUAUAUAUCAAUGAUAACUCAUGGAAUUUAAAGGAAUCCUAAGUCCCUUUAGACUUCCUAUAAGUUCUCUAAAAAUAAAUCCCUUAAUCAUGGCAUAAAAUAAUCAUUACUAUAAAUAAUCACAGAUAAAAAAAAUAUAAUUUUACUGAGUCCACUUAUAAAUUGAAUUUGCACAUAAUUAACUAAUUUUAGACAUUGGGAAAGUGUGUCUGAAUAUAAAAAUAUAUAAUUGUAAUUAAGGAAAGGGUUACGACCAAAUGUUUAUGAAGCCAUAUUAUAAUUAACUUGUUAUGGAGGAUAUUUUGAUAAUUUUUUAGUUUAUUAAGUAUUUCAACUUAGACUUACGAUUUCAAUAUAAAAAAAGUCAGGAUGUGCAUUAUUUAGAAGAGAC